UCUGUGAAAAAAGUUGUCGACGUAAGCCCCCAUCAGCAGGACCCAAAGCUCUGCCUUGGAGAAGAUUCAAGUAAAAACCAAACGUCCUUCACUGGAUUCAUCACAGCUAUUACCCUUCAAGCAGCUCUCAGCAGCACCUCUGAUCAAGCCUCCAACAACUGCAGCAACAUUGUGGUCAACUCAGACGGCGUUGUGUCAAUCACUGCCGAGUGGAAUGAUAAUGGCCCGGUGGAAAUAGUUGAUGUUGAAGAGGAGGAAUUGUGCGAUCAGACAUAUAACAGUUUUUUCCUGGCUGAAUCUCAAGGAUACAAAGGACUUUUUAGGUCCUGCAAAAGUUAUGGCGGGUAUUUCCUAACAGACGAAGAGGUGGCGUCUGGAGGCUUGGUGGUGGUUAACAGUGUGGCCAGCAACUGCAUCACAGACGAGACUCAGGUGUCGUGGGUGGGCAGCGAGGGCGGGUAUGGUGAAGGUCUAACGACUCUGUGCCCGACCUUAUUGACUAACGGCACCUUGGGGUCACGCACCUGUCUCAGCGAACUGGAGUGUAGCGUAUGUCGUGUUCCCGCCACACUUCGCUUCACCCUCUUCGGCGAUAUCCAUGACUUUGACAGAUACUACUUCUUGCGUAUAAUGCCCGACGGAAAUGUUUACUUCAAAGGACAAGAAACAUGCAAUAUCACUCAAGAGGGCAACAAGUGGAUCCUGAGAUCUCGUCUACAUCGCCGGGAGUGGCAGCUACGACGCUCCCAGCCAGUAGGGCGGCGUCGCUGGUGCUCUGGUGACGAAAACACAACUCUGACGUUGACUUCCUGCAACAUCUUACAGUUCUCCUCCCAUGAUGGCGUCUGUUUACCUCGGAGCCAGCGAUGUGACGGUAACAUAGACUCUCCCGACGGAAGCGACGAAGAACAUUGUGGGGAACGACUCAUAAAUAAGGGACCCGGAUAUAACACUUUCAACAGUCCAUUCCACGGAGAAAUCAAGAAAGGAUAUGUACUUUACCAAUUUGAUCUAUAUAGCAUUGACAAAAUAACAACGGAACACGGAGUGGCCAAGGUGCAGGCGGGUAUAAGGUUAGUUUGGACCGAUGCGCGACUACGGUUUAUUGACACUAAGAUGAAAGCCAACUACAUGAACUGCACCGAUAUCUGGAUUCCCAAACUCGUUAUGACCGCCGGCGAAUUCAGCGGACCACAUCUCGAGCCUCAAAUCUUUUUUGACUACUGCUUCGUACACUGGAAGAAGAAACCACCAGAGGAACAAAACAUGAAUGAUCCAUUAAUGGGCAAAUUAACGUCUUCCAGGCAAGUCAACAUUACUCGGUACAUGAAGGUGAGCAUGGAAUACCCGUGUCAUCUUAAAGUCUAUCGGUAUCCAUUCGGGACCUACUUGUGCAACAUUUCCUUCUCUCUCUUGAGAGCUUACUUGGAGAUGUCACUGAAGCCAGUUGAUGGUGAAGUAGGGGCGUACAAUGUGCCUUACGUCUUUGACCACGACCUACUCGACUACCACCUGAUGAACGUCACCGCCGAGGCCCAUCCUGAACACGUCAUGUUGACCCUCCACCUGACGGGCCAGUUCGACUACCAUCUCCUCAACAGCUUCGCCCCGAGCGCCCUCAUGUUCUUCAUUUCGUAUGCGACGCUCUUCUUCCCCAUCACAGACUUCAACGAGAGGAUCAUGGUGUCCCUCACCUCCAUGCUGGUGCUGGCAGGUUUCUUCGCCCAGGCCAGCGACUCCUACAUCAAGACGCCGUAUUUCAAGCUCAUCGAUAUCUGGUACUUCGUGCUCAUUAUGCUGUGCUUCGCCGUGGUCAUCUCCAACACUGUGGUCAACUCCAUGCGGAUCAAGGGCUCCAGGUCCUUCUCCAAGAUGUGGCCAGCCUCCUCCAACACCUCCAUCGAUGAUCAGAAGCUGAAAGCCAACACCAGGGCCCAAGUUUUUAAUAUAAUUUGCAAAAUUGUUCUUCUUCUUUGCUUUCAGUUGCUUGUGGUGUUAUAUUUCUUGUUCGGCAAUGAAAUUAUAUAAUAUAUCAAAUAUGUGUAUAUCAAGAAGAAAUUAACACAUAAUGAAUAUUGUGAGUGUACGACCAUACGUAGUCGACCAUACGUAGUCACACUAGAAUGUGUUGAAUAGUUAAGCCUAAUUGAAGUAAGGUUCGAGAUUAGGUUCAGUUGGCAAUUUGUGGCAUUUGCACAGCCUGUCCUUAGACCAGGUUCGUUCGAACCUCAUCAGUUGUGAAUCGUGUGUACAGCCCGUCCUCUAAACAAAGACCCAAAGACCAUUCCAUGUACCCGCCAAACCCCUGGUUUAUGGAUGAAAAAUGGUUUA